AUGUCUCAGCCAUCGACCUCCAUCACAUACCUUACAUUUCAAGGCGUGUUCAAAGCCAUCUCUCACAUCUUUUUUCGUGAGAUAAAAACGACCGACAUACAAAAUGUGCCUGCUUCAGGACCAUGCAUCUUUAUCGUUGGGCCUCAUGCAAAUCAGUUUGUCGACGGUGUCGUCUACAUGAGUGUAAAUCCUCGCCCUUCUUACGCACUGAUGGCUGCCGUCUCCUAUGACAAGCCAUUGAUUGGACAUGUAGGCAAGAUACUCAAUGCGAUUCCAGUAGUCAGGCCGCAAGACAUUGUCAAUGUCGGCACAGGCAAGAUCAAAUACGAUCCUGUAAAUCAGCCAUUGCAACUGCAAGGACAAGAUACCAAGUUCAUGGAGGAAAUAGGCACUCGCGAUUUCAUUGUAUUUGGAAGAAACUACAAGGUGCAUGUUUCCAAAGUGCUUUCCGAUACAUUACUUGAAAUCACACAUUCCAUUCAAGUAGAUCAGCAAGUGGUUGGGGACGACUAUGUGCCGUUCAAGAUUGCACCUCAUGUGGAUCAAACAGCUGUUUAUGAUGAAGUGUAUAACUACCUCAAUCGAAACGAAUGUGUUACCAUAUUCCCUGAAGGUGGGAGUCACGAUAGAUCAGAAAUGCUACCACUUAAAGCUGGCUUUGCCGUUAUGGCGCUCGGUGCUGCUGCUGCGAACCCUGCGUUGGACAUCAAAAUCGUGCCAGUUGGUCUUAAUUAUUUCCAUCCUGAUCGCUUCAGGUCUCGUGCUGUCGUCUCGUUUGGACAGCCAAUGACGAUUGAUAAAGCAGAUGUUGCAAAGUACAAAUUGGGCGGCAAAGACAAGCGUGAAGCAGUGACCAAAUUACUGGAUCAGAGCGAUGAAGCGUUCAAAACGGUGACAGUCAAUGCACCCGACUACGAUACAUUGAUGGUGGUGCAAGCUGCCAGGCGUCUCUAUGUACCUAAAUCAAACGCAAAGCCAUCCAUUGAGCAGGUAGUGAAACUGAACAGACAUUUUGUAUCGUUAUGGGCCAAGUUGAAGGGAGAUCCUAGCUUGGAGGCGAUUGUCAAGAAAGUCAAGUAUUACAACAACAUGCUGACCUUUUUCGGCAUCAGAGACUAUCAAGUGGAUAAACUGAAUAUUACGCCUGUCAAAGCAGCAUACCAAUUGAUCAAGCGGAUUACAAAAUUAGUCGCCAUGGCUGGAUUGGGUGCUCCUGCGUUGAUAUCAAACUUACCGUUGAUCUGGAUUACCAGCUACAUCAGCAAAAAGAAACAAAAACAGGCAUUGGCAGGAUCUUCAGUCAAGAUUGCUGGAAAAGACGUGCUUGCCACAUGGAAGGUCAUUGUAGCUGCCUUUGCUGCACCUGCUCUGUAUGGUGUCUAUGCCCUGUUUUAUCUUGCGUACCUGUUGAAGCACAAGCCAAACCUGUCUCUCAACGCCAAACUCACGAGAGCUGGUCUCAUCUGGGCCAUUCAACCCAUUUUACACUAUUUAUUGAUGCGUUUAGGUGAUACAGGCUUGGACAUUUACAAAUCUAUCAAGCCUUUGUUUUUGGCUAUUCGCAAUCCAGAAGCAGGAGAGAUCAUUCGCUCCAUGCGAAAGGACCUGUCAAAAGACAUCACUGAAUUUAUCAACUUGCAUGCACCAGAACUCGGCAUCGAUGGCAACGGCAGUAGCAGCAGCUCUGUUGCCCCUAGCACCACCAGCAGCAGCAGCAACCACAGCAGCGCCAACAUCACACAAGUCAGUCGUUCGAACAGCGACACCAACCUGAUGGACCAGAGAAACAGUACAAGCAGCUCAACCUCAUUUUUGGAAGCAUCCUUCAGCACAACAACAGACGACAUGCCUGAAUCCUAUCUCGUGUCGUCCAGAGACGAAAGCUUCCUGGAAUACUCUUCAACAGACGAACUAAAUGAGUCAAAAUACCAUGUAGAAAGCAUCGUUUUGAAUGAAGAAGACGGCGGCGAUGAACAAUCAUCCGCUUUAUCUCAAAUUUAA